AUGGGGAUUGCCUACAACGUCUACCUGACCUCCAACAAGAUCUUCGGCUGCAAGACAUGCAAAACUCACCUUGCAGACUACGAUGAUAUCAUAAGCCGGCAUUUCCGCGGCCAACACGGCAAGGCAUACCUUUUCAACACCGUCGUCAACGUAACCAACUCCGAACCAGUCGAGCGCAGCAUGACAACCGGUCGACACAUUGUUCGCGAUAUCUCAUGCCGACAAUGCGGGGAUACAGUCGGGUGGAAAUACGACAAGGCUUUUGAGAGCUCCGAGAAGUACAAGGAAGGCAAAUUCAUCCUGGAGGAGGAGCUGCUUUGUGUUGUCGCCUAA